AUGUUUCCUCGGCCCCUUCGUUUAUGUCGGCUUCCGUCUACUCCCCGACGAUGUAACCUUACUUCUCAAUUGCAACGCCAGCGCCUCCUAUGGGCUCGCAACUCGUCUACAGCAGCCCAGCAGCCCAAGCGCCCUGCAAGCAAGCUAUGGCUAACUCUUGCCAUAGUGACUAUUGCAGCCGGCGGGGUUGGUGCUUACGCCAGAUUUCGUGGAGAUCCGUCUAGCACUACCCUAGACCCCGUCACGUUCACGAAUUAUCAGCUUAUCUCCAAGACUCCCGUGUCGUCGACGUGCAGUAUCUUCAGCCUGCGGCCAAAAAGGGAGGGAGGAAUAAACGCAGAGGUCUACCAGGAUGCAUUUGAGACCGGAAUUUGGAGUGUAGAGUUCAAGCAACCCCAGCUGCAGGUUGGUCGAGACUACACGCCAUUACCGCCAUCGGCGCAAUCUGCGCAGGGCACCAACACCGUUGAAGAGAAUGACACCUCGCUCCAAUUCCUUAUCCGAAAAGAUGGCGAGGUUUCUAGCUAUAUACACGGCCUCGAACCCGGAAGUGUUGUGGAAAUGCGCGGGCCCCAGGUUGGACUUGAAUUAACUCCGGAUGUCCAAGAGGUUCUAUUUAUCGUGGGCGGGACUGGGAUAGCUCCGGCCCUGCAAGCGGCGCACACGAUCCUCAAAUGCAUGCGGCCGAGGGAAGAGACCAGAAUGCAUAUACUAUGGGCCAAUAGACGGAGAGAGGAUUGUUUAGGCGGACGCAGUGAUUCUACUAGCUCUCAACGGAGCUGGUGGUCAAACCUAUUUUCUAUGGCUAGUACUACAGAGGCACCCAAAGAGACUACAGACCUAGAAGAGAGAAAUUACGUCGUGGAACAGUUGGAGGAACUCAAGAGACUCUACCCCAAGAAAUUCACGGUCGAUUACUUUGUGGAUGAAGAGAACACGCUUAUCCAGAAGGAUUCUAUUAUGAAAUUCAUAAACUCGAGAGCACAGCACCCCCUUGUGGGACCAAGAAAGAAGAAGUUAAUUCUUAUAUCGGGGCCAGAUGGGUUUAUUAGCUACUUAGCUGGCCCCAAAAUGUGGCAAAACGGACGAGAGGCCCAAGGACCACUUCGAGGGAUCUUGAGAGAGUUGAAUAUCUCUGGUUGGUCAGUUUGGAAGCUAUGA